ACCUACAAAGAUUGGGACGCCUAUUGGAAUUUACGCCCACUCUUUUACUUCUUCGCCGUGCCAUAAACCCUACGCUUGUUUCUACUCGAGAAUCUCUGGCUUUUGGCCGUAUCUUGCUCCUUUCUUUGAGCACCCACACCUCUGUUAUCAUGGGAAAAAUGCGGGAAACGGAUCUAGACCACAUCCAAUCCGACGUUGCAUCGUUUGCAUCCUCUCUCGGCUUCUCCUCUGCUCCCUCAUCCUCAUCCGCCGGCUUCAAUGAUUCAGAUUUCCGUAAAACUGGUCGUCUUAAACCCCAUUCCGGACCAACCAAAAAUUCCUAUAGAGAGAAAACUAAGAUUCCACACGAGAAAGAAAACAAGAGCAGAGCCAAAAAUAACAACAAACAGAACAAUCCCAAAUUCGGCGUUAAAUCACCUCAAAUUCAGACCCCUGGUUUCAGUAACGGUAAUUUAUUGAAAGAACGUGAUAAUAAAUUUAAGAAUCUCCCGAAGCUUCCGUUGCUGAAAGCUAGUUCAAUGAGCGUUUGGUACAAAGAUGCUGCCUUGCUGGAGGAGAAAGUGAUAGGGGAUAGUAAGAGAAUUGAGUUCAAAAGUGUGGAUGAAUGGAAGGGUUUGGUGGAGGAAAAGAAGGAGUUGAGCCAGCGUUUGAUGUCCCAGUAUGUCCAUGAGUACGAGUCAUCGCGAGGCCAAAGUGGGGAUAUCAAGAUGCUCAUUGCCACACAGAGGUCAGGGACUGCUGCGGAUAAGGUGUCGGCGUUCUCUGUCUUGGUCGGAGAUAACCCUGUUGCUAACUUGAGAUCGAUUGACAUGCUUCUGGGAAUGGUGACAUCCAAAGUUGGUAAACGCCAUGCUUUGUCUGCCUUUGAAGCACUCAAAGAACUUUUUAUAUUGAGUCUAUUACCAGAUCGUAAGCUGAAGACUCUUGUUCAGCAGCCUCUAAAUCAUCUCUCAGAUACAAAAGAUGGUUAUUCUCUUUUACUCUUUUGGUAUUGGGAGGAAUGCCUAAAAGAAAGGUAUGAGCGCUUUGUUUCUGCUCUUGAGGAAGCAUCACAAGAUGUGUUGGAUAUACUAAGAAACAAGGCAUUGAAGACCAUGUAUACAUUGCUGCGAAGCAAAUCAGAGCAAGAGCGUCGUCUACUCUCUGCAUUGGUAAACAAGCUAGGACAUCCUGAAAACAAAGUUGCAUCUAAUGCUGAUUAUCACUUGGCAAAUCUUUUGGCUGACCAUCCAAAUAUGAAGGCCGUGGUGAUUGACGAAGUGGAUAAUUUCCUUUUCCGACCUCAUCUUGGAUUAAGAGCAAAAUACCACGCAGUUAACUUUUUGAGCCAGAUUCGUUUGAGUCACAAGGGUGAUGGACCAAAGGCUGCAAAACGUUUGAUAGAUAUUUAUUUUGCUCUCUUUAAGGUUUUAAUUUCCAAGGCCAGUAAAGGACCAUCUGUGGCCAAGCAAAGCAAAGAUGAGAAAAAAUCUUCCAGCUCUUUGAAAGAGAACAAACCUAAAUCAUUGUCAGAAUCGCAUAUUGGAAUGGAUUCACGGUUAUUAUCAGCUCUUCUAACGGGUGUUAAUAGAGCUUUUCCAUUUGUUUCUGGUGAUGAAGCUGAUGACGUAAUAGAGGUCCAAACUCCGAUGUUGUUUCAGCUGGUUCAUUCGAAGAACUUUAAUGUGGGAGUUCAAGCAUUAAUGCUUCUCCACAAGAUUUCAUCUAAAAAUCAGAUUGUUAGCGAUCGUUUUUAUCGUGCCUUGUACUCAAAACUCUUGCUACCAGCGGCUAUUAGUUCUUCCAAGGAGGAAUUGUUUAUAGGUCUCAUGCUGAGGGCAAUGAAAAAUGAUGUUAACAUAAAGCGAGUUGCUGCAUUCUCGAAGCGUUUGUUGCAGGUUGCUCUUCAACUGCCACCUCAGUAUGCAUGUGGUUGCCUUUUUCUCCUCUCUGAAGUUCUCAAAGCACGCCCACCACUGUGGAACAUGGUACUUCAAAAUGAGUCUGUCGAUGAAGAUCUUGAGCAUUUUGAAGAUAUUGUAGAUGACGACAACAAACAAGCCAGUCUUGUACCAGAUAACGAAGGCAAAGUUUCUCAAACCAGCAAUGAGAGCGAUAGUGAUAAUGAUUCAGCACUUGAUAAAGGUGGUUCUAUGACUGCUGGUUCUGAUGAAGACGAUUUAAGUGAAGCAUAUGGUUUGCUUGGGAAAUAUGGUGUAGAUGAACGCAAAGAACUGAAAUCAGCGUCUGAUAGUAAAGGAGGCAACCAUGUUCAAAGAGGAAAAGAUAGCCUGAUGUUGCCUGGAGGAUACAACCCACGCCAUAGGGAACCUUCUUACUGCAAUGCUGAUCGGGUUAGCUGGUGGGAGCUAAUGGUUCUGGCUUCACAUGUGCACCCGUCAGUUGCUGCUAUGGCCAGAACCCUUCUUUCUGGGGCUAAUAUUGUUUACAGCGGAAAUCCACUUAACGACCUUUCACUCAGUUCAUUCUUGGAUAAGUUCAUGGAAAAGAAACCAAGGCAAAGUACAUGGCAUGGCGCCUCCCAGAUUGAACCUGCCAAGAAGCUUGAUAUGAAAAACCAGUUGAUUGGACCAGAAAUAGUGUCAUUGGCCGAAGAGGAUGUGGCCCCAGAUAAUCUUGUUUUCCACAAAUUCUACGUGAAUAAAAUGAAUUCCUCCAAGAAACCUAAGAAGAAAAAGAAGAAGACAACUGAUGAUGAGGCCGCUGAAGAGUUAUAUGGUGUGGAUGGUGAUGAUGAGAAUGAAAUUGACAAUGAAGAAGAGAUUGAGAAUGUGUUGGACUCUGCCAAUCCUACGUUUGAAGUAGACGGUGAUUAUAAUUAUGACGAUUUGGCCAAAAUUGCAAAUGAAGAUGAUGAUGACUUGAUUGGCAGAGGCAGUGAUGAAGAGGACUUCCCCUCAGAUAUUGCCAAUAUGGAUGAAGGCGUGGACGAAGACAUUGCCUUAGGCGAAGCAGAUGAUGAAAGUGACAUAGAUAAGGGCUUUAACCAUAAGAAAAAGAAGCAAAAAUCAAAUAAACAUUCUGCAGCAUCUCCAUUCGCCAGCCUUGAUGACUAUCAACAUUUGAUGGAUGAUUCGAAUUCAGCAGAAAAGACAUCCACCAAAAAGAGAAGUCGUAAGGGGAAGAAAAAAGUGUCUUAGUGAGUCCAUAUUUUAGUUUGCAACGCAAUGUUACAUUGCAUGAGAAUUGUACCUUCAGGUAAAUUUUGACUCCAAAACAUUUAAAUUUAAUAUUGUGGGCUGGUACUGAUAGGUAUCUUGGGACUCUUUCUUCUUUCCUCCCAUAAUUUGGUUUCUAUGGUCAACCAAACAUGCCUUGUUCUCUUUCAAACCUGAUUCAAUGAUAAUGUAAUUUAAGAGCAUGUUUGGAAGUAA